AUGGCUGAGCCUGGAGCUGGGCAGCCGGAGGCGCCGGUGCGGGGGACGACUGGAGGGGCAAAUCCCACUGCUUCUAAGGCUGCGGAGAAGGGCCCCUCGUGGGCGGAGGUGGCGAGGGGAGCGCCGAGGCAACCAGAAUGGACAAACCAUCGGAUCUCCCCUCGUGAACUGGAAGCAAUGCAAAACAGAUUUUCCGAGGUGGUGGUGGUGCCGGAGGAAGAGCUGGAGGCGGCUCGCUUGGAGUGGAGGAGCACCACUGUCUUGGUUAGGAGUCUGGGGAGGAGUGUCCCCGGUGACUGGGUGGCGAGGGAAAUGCAAAGGGUAGGGCGUCUGCAGUACAAAGUCGGAUGUUUCCCGCUGACGGAGGGAUGCAUCGCCGUUAGGUUUGCCAAUGAGGCGGAUAGGGAGGCAGCGUUGCGGAACGGUCCGUGGGUGGUCGGCGGUCAGAUGCUGGCUGUGGACCGGUGGCGGCCAAAUUUCAUCCCGGGAGCCGGAGGAAUAGGACGAGUGGUUGCUUGGCUCCGGUUGCCCGGACUACCUUUGGAUUAUUGGAAGAAGGAAACCAUCUUCCGGAUUGCGGCGAGGGCCGGCAACCCGUUGGCUCUAGAUGGCUUCACGGAGAAGGGUAGCAGGUAUGGCUUUGCCCGGGUGAAGGUCGAGGUGGACAGCUCUGUUCCGCUCACACCGGGGACCUUUGUAAUGGGGAGCUCGGCAGGGUUAGAGAUGAAGAUUUGGCAAAGCUUCAUCUAUGAAAACUUGCCGGCUCCCUGCUCCAAAUGUGGGAGGAUCGGCCACUCGUAG